AUGUCGCUGCUCUGCGUGCGCGUUAAAAGAGCCAAAUUCCAGGGUUCACCAGACAAAUUUAACACAUAUGUGACCCUGAAAGUGCAAAAUGUGAAGAGUACAACUGUAGCAGUUCGUGGUGAUCAGCCUUCCUGGGAACAAGAUUUUAUGUUUGAGAUUAGUCGCCUGGACCUGGGUCUAAGUGUGGAAGUAUGGAACAAAGGACUGAUCUGGGACACCAUGGUGGGGACUGUGUGGAUUGCGCUGAAGACGAUUCGUCAGUCGGAUGAGGAAGGGCCUGGGGAAUGGUCCACGUUGGAGGCAGAGACAUUAAUGAAAGAUGAUGAAAUCUGUGGAACUAAAAACCCAACUCCCCAUAAAAUUUUGCUUGAUACAAGAUUUGAGUUGCCUUUUGAUAUCCCAGAAGAGGAAGCUAGAUAUUGGACCUACAAAUUGGAGCAAAUCAAUGCCUUGGGACCUGACAAUGAGUAUUCUAGUCAAGAAGAAAGCCAGAGGAAGCGAUUGCCUGCUGCUGCCGCCCAGUGCUCCUUCGAAGAUCCUGACAGUGCGGUGGAUGACCGAGAUAGUGACUACCGCAGUGAGACCAGCAACAGCAUCCCGCCUCCUUACCAUACAACCGCCCAGCCCAACGCUUCUCUGCACCAGUUCCCAGUGCCCGUGCGGCUGCCGCAGCAGCUGCUGCUGCAGGGCAGCUCCCGGGACUCCUGCAGUGACUCUGCGCAAAGUUACGACCUCGAUUAUCCAGAGCGGCGGGCCCUCAGCCCCACCAGCAGUAGUAGGUAUGGCUCCUCCUGUAACGUGAGUCAAGGGAGCUCUCAGUUAAGUGAACUGGACCAGUGUCAUGAACAAGAUGAUGACCGUCGGGAGAGGGACUCCAUCCAUUCCUGCCACAGCUCCGGUAGCCUCUCCAGAGAUGGCCAAGUGGGUUUUGGAGAACAAGAGAAAGCCUUGGAGGUGACAGGUGAAGAGGAGAAGGGGGGAGUGUGUGAACCCAAGGAGAUGAAAGACGGUGCCACAGCCCAUCCACCCCCAGAUACGGUGCUAGACAGAGACCUGGUCCGAGGCCCCCAGGAGAGUUUUCCUGAGGAGACUGCAUCUUCGCCAUUUACCCAAGCCAGAGCGCACUGGAUCCGAGCAGUGACCAAGGUUCGACUCCAGCUGCAGGAGAUUCCAGAUGAUGGUGAUCCCCGUUUGCCCCAGUGGCUUCCAGAAGGGCCAGCCGGAGGGCUCUAUGGCAUUGACAGCAUGCCGGAUCUACGCAGGAAGAAGGCCCUGCCGCUUGUCAGCGACCUGUCACUGGUCCAGUCCCGGAAAGCAGGCAUUACUUCUGCAUUGGCUACACGCACCUCUCUCAAGGAUGAAGAGCUGAAAUCCCAUGUGUAUAAGAAAACCCUGCAGGCCUUAAUCUACCCCAUCUCGUGCACCACACCCCACCACUUUGAGGUCUGGUCCGCCACCACCCCCACCUACUGCUACGAGUGUGAAGGCCUGCUCUGGGGCAUCGCCCGGCAGGGCAUGCGCUGCAGCGAGUGUGGAGUCAAGUGCCACGAAAAGUGCCAGGACCUGCUCAGUGCCGACUGCCUGCAGCGGGCUGCAGAAAAGAGCUCUAAACAUGGAGCAGAGGACCGGACCCAGAACAUCAUCAUGGCCAUGAAGGACCGAAUGAAAAUCCGAGAGCGGAAUAAGCCAGAGAUCUUUGAAGUUAUCCGGGAUGUCUUCAACGUGAGCAAAGUCGCGCAUGCGCAACAAAUGAAAACAGUGAAGCAGAGUGUGUUGGAUGGCACCUCCAAAUGGUCAGCCAAAAUCACCAUCACUGUGGUGUGUGCCCAGGGCCUGCAAGCCAAGGACAAGACAGGAUCCAGUGACCCUUAUGUGACUGUGCAAGUGGGCAAAACCAAGAAGCGUACCAAGACCAUUUUUGGAAACCUGAAUCCUGUUUGGGAGGAGAAGUUCCAUUUUGAGUGCCACAACUCUUCCGACCGCAUUAAGGUACGUGUGUGGGAUGAGGAUGACGACAUCAAGUCACGAGUAAAGCAGCGGCUAAAGCGAGAGUCUGACGAUUUCCUCGGCCAAACCAUCAUUGAGGUUCGAACGCUGAGUGGCGAAAUGGACGUCUGGUACAACUUGGAGAAGAGGACAGACAAGUCAGCCGUCUCAGGGGCCAUCCGACUGCAAAUCAGCGUGGAGAUCAAGGGGGAGGAGAAGGUAGCCCCAUAUCAUGUGCAGUAUACGUGUCUCCAUGAGAACCUCUUCCAUUACCUCACGGACAUUCAGGGCAGUGGAGCAGUCCAGAUCCCUGAGGCUCGAGGAGAUGAUGCGUGGAAGGUGUACUUUGAUGAGACUGCCCAGGAAAUUGUGGAUGAAUUUGCCAUGCGCUAUGGCAUUGAGUCCAUAUAUCAGGCCAUGACGCAUUUUGCAUGUUUGUCCUCCAAGUACAUGUGUCCUGGUGUGCCAGCAGUGAUGAGCACCUUACUGGCCAACAUCAAUGCCUACUAUGCCCACACAACUGCCUCCACCAAUGUCUCUGCAUCUGAUCGUUUUGCAGCCUCCAACUUUGGGAAAGAGAGAUUUGUGAAACUCCUGGACCAGCUGCACAAUUCACUGAGGAUUGACCUCUCCACCUACAGGAAUAAUUUCCCUGCUGGGAGCCCUGAGCGACUUCAGGACUUAAAGUCCACAGUGGAUUUGCUGACCAGCAUUACUUUCUUCCGAAUGAAGGUGCAAGAACUUCAGAGCCCUCCAAGAGCCAGCCAGGUAGUAAAAGAUUGUGUGAAGGCCUGUUUGAACUCAACAUAUGAGUACAUCUUCAACAACUGCCAUGACUUGUACAGCCGCCAGUACCAGCUGGUAAGAGGGUCGGGCUCGGAGCUGCCUCCAGAGGAACAGGGGCCCAGCAUUAGGAACCUGGAUUUCUGGCCCAAACUCAUCACGCUCAUUGUGUCAAUCAUAGAGGAAGAUAAGAAUUCCUACACCCUCGUUCUGAACCAGUUUCCCCAGGAGUUGAAUGUGGGAAAAGUCAGCGCAGAAGUGAUGUGGCAACUCUUUGCCCAAGACAUGAAAUAUGCACUGGAGGAGCAUGAGAAGGACAGGCUGUGCAAGAGCGCCGACUACAUGAACCUGCACUUCAAGGUCAAGUGGCUGCACAAUGAAUACGUGCGGGAUCUGCCUGCCCUCCAGGGCCAGGUGCCCGAGUACCCGGCGUGGUUUGAGCAGUUUGUCCUGCAGUGGCUGGACGAGAAUGAGGAUGUGUCCUUGGAAUUCCUGCGUGGGGCCUUGGAACGAGAUAAGAAGGAUGGGUUCCAGCAGACAUCAGAGCACGCACUCUUCUCUUGCUCUGUGGUGGACGUCUUCACACAGCUCAAUCAGAGCUUUGAGAUCAUCCGGAAACUGGAAUGCCCAGACCCCAACAUCCUUGCCCACUACAUGAGGAGAUUUGCUAAGACCAUCGGGAAGGUGCUCAUGGAAUAUGCAGACAUCUUAUCAAAGAACUUCCCAGCUUACUGCACAAAGGAGAAAAUGCCUUGCAUCCUGAUGAACAACAUGCAGCAGCUGAGGGUGCAGCUGGAGAAGAUGUUUGAGGCCAUGGGAGGCAAGGAGCUGGACCCUGAGACUGCAGACAGUCUGAAGGAGCUUCAGGUGAAACUGAAUGCAGUUCUGGAUGAGCUCAGCAUGGUGUUUGGAAACAGUUUCCAGGUGCGGAUCGAUGAGUGCGUUCGACAAAUGGCUGACAUCCUGAGCCAGGUGCGGGGCCCAGGGAACGCAUCCCCCAACACACGGGCCUCGGUGACCCAGGAUGCGGACAGUGUGCUCCGGCCUCUCAUGGACUUCCUGGACGGCAACCUCACGCUUUUUGCCGCUGUGUGUGAGAAGACGGUCCUGAAGCGGGUGCUGAAGGAGCUCUGGCGGGUGGUAAUGAACACGAUGGAAAGGACGAUUGUUCUGCCUCCACUCACCGACCAGACGGGCACCCAGCUGAUCUUCACUGCUGCCAAGGAGCUGAGCCAGCUUUCCAAACUCAAGGACCACAUGGUGCGAGAGGAAACACGGAAUCUGACGCCAAAGCAGUGUGCCACCCUUGACCUCGCCCUGGACACCAUCAAGCAAUACUUUCAUGCCGGAGGCAACGGGCUGAAGAAAGCCUUCCUGGAGAAGAGCCCAGAUCUGCAGUCCCUGCGCUACGCCCUGUCUCUGUACACACAGACCACAGACACUCUCAUCAAGACCUUUGUGCGCUCACAGACUGCCCAGGUGCACGAUGGGAAAGGUAUUAGGUUUACUGCCAAUGAGGACAUUCAGCCGGAAAAGGGCUCCGGUGUGGAUGAUCCUGUGGGAGAAGUCUCUAUUCAUGUGGACUUGUUUACACAUCCUGGAACUGGGGAGCACAAGGUCACAGUGAAAGUGGUGGCUGCCAAUGACCUCAAGUGGCAGACAGCAGGUAUGUUCCGGCCCUUUGUGGAAGUCACCAUGGUUGGCCCUCACCAAAGUGAUAAAAAGAGGAAGUUCACAACCAAGUCAAAAAGUAACAACUGGGCUCCCAAGUACAACGAGACGUUUCACUUCCUCCUGGGAAAUGAAGAGGGGCCAGAAGCCUAUGAGUUGCAAAUAUGUGUGAAGGAUUACUGCUUUGCACGGGAGGACCGUGUGCUGGGGCUGGCUGUGAUGCCUCUGAGGGAUGUGGCAGCCAAGGGCAGCUGUGCUUGCUGGUGCCCCCUGGGCCGGAAGAUCCACAUGGAUGAGACAGGCAUGACUAUUCUCCGGAUUCUGUCUCAGAGGAGCAACGACGAAGUGGCCCGGGAGUUUGUGAAGCUCAAAUCGGAGUCUCGUUCCCUGGAGGAGGGGAGCUGA